UUGUUGUAAUAACUUUUUAUUUAAAAUAUUCUAAUGUCAUUCGAGUAUAGCGCGAAAAUCACUGUGAUAAAGAUGGCCGCCAACGGUGAGGUUUUAAAAAAAAGUUUUAAUGGCACGUGCACCGUGGGCCUGAAUAAAAGGACGACGGGGUCUAUAGCGAAAAAAGCUGAAGCUUACUUAAAUGCUGUUAAGGAGAGUCUAGGAGCACCUCCAGUGGCGACUAAAGUUCAAAAGCCUCAUAUACCGAAGCUGGAGGUGGUAUCGCGGGUGGCCGCUAUACCAAUCGUGGAGUCCAGCAUCGAAGUCACCGAGAAGAUGUACCACAAGAUAAGGGAAUCAAACCCGCUUAUCCGCUGGUACUUAUCUCUGGGCGAGAAGUCAUUUGCCACUGGAAUGUCACUAGCGCUGCCAGCGGUGCUCCUCUUCGAGACCCCGAUACAUCAACUGGACAAGUUCCUCUGCAUGUCUUUAGACGUUGUGGAGAAGACUGUGCCUUCCAUCAAUAUGCCUCCUCAAACAAUGUACUCGGAGACGCGCCAGUACGUGUUGCGGCGCGCGGACUCGGUGAAGCAGCUCGGGUCCGCGGUGCUGGACUCCAGGGUCACCGCAGUCACCGCCACUGCCCUCGACAGAGCGCUCUCUACAGCUGACAAGUACGUCGACAAGUACCUGCCGCCCGAUCAGCAGGAUGCUUCCGAAGUGAUAAUCAUAGUGACGAGCGCUGACACGGUGGACAGCGGGGAGAGCGGGCGCGCGCGCGCAGCUCAGGCGGUCCAGCACGGAGCCAGGUUCGGGAGGAAGCUGCAGAGGAGGCUCACCAGGCAGGCCCUGGCUGAGGCUAAGGCGAUCAAGGAACAGAUCCACGUGCUCGCUUAUGUGGCUGAACUGGUGGCGACAGACCCAGUCCUUGCUUGGCAGAAGGCUAAGGAGCUGUUCGCGAAUCUCAGUCGGCAGGAGCCGGAGAACCAGGCGCGUCCCGAGACGUUGGAGGAGCUGGUCGUGCUGCUGGCACGGGAGACCGCCCGCAAGAUGGUGCAUCUUAUCAACUACACACACAGCGACUUGCCCAAGAACGUGCGUCAAGGACUGACUCUCAUAACAAAAACUCUGAACACAGCAACUGAUGCACUCAUGAAGACGGCCCCCGUAGAGACGGCGAUGUCCGAAGUCAAGGGUCUGCGCAGCAAACUGCAAACCUUACUGCAACACCUUCAGGACGCUUCCAAAACAUAUCUGGAACAUUUAGCAAUAUUUUUGGCGGGAAACGAAGAACGCGAGAAGAUAGCUCCCCGCACAGCUUACGAGCAGCGAGAUGAUUUGGCGGCAAUCAACGGGAUGAAUUGACUAUUUUUUAAAUUAGAACUAAAUCUAGAAUGUCGGCUUUUGUCCCAAUACUCAAAUUCAAAUAUGAUCGAAUACCGUACGAACCAAACCAAGGAGAUUGUAAAGCAAUGAUUAACCUCUUUGAAUGUAACUCUGUUUCAAUUAAUUUUCAUAGUGAAUAGGAGAGUUGUAACAAUAGACUUUUAAGUGUUAAUUAAGAUAGAUUUAUUAGGUAAUGUAUUUUUUAUGGUUAAGCUAUGGGAAGACUUUAUGUAAGUAUAAAUAAUAAGGUAUAGUUUGAGCAUACAGGGAUAUUUAUCUACAUAAGCUUUGUUUACGUAGAUGUAUUGCUUAUGGCCGUCACUCGUAUUUCAUAAAUGAUUAUAUUGUCUAGGAAAAAAAUAUUUUUAAGCAAGGGAGUUUGUAAGUUUAAGAUUAAACAGGGAAGGUCUUUGAAUAGGUAACAGAUUUCCUAAUUAAGUUUUAGGAGAUAUAUUAUUAUGUACACUAUUGAAUUAACAAAGUAUGUUAUUUAGCAAUUAUAUUAUUUAACCGUCACAAAUAAUAAAAUAGUUUUAUUACAA